UACCCGAUGACAAUUCUGCCACUGUACGAUACAGCCCGCAAGAAAGAACCGUCGGCGACUUUCAACACGGAGAGAGAAGCAUGUCUGAAAUAUUUCGAAAAAUGGUGCGAGGAGGACCAGGUGGACUUCGUGGAAAAUCUGCUGGCCAGAAUGUGCCACUACCAGCACAGUCACAUCAACUCGUAUCUGAAACCGAUGCUGCAGAGAGAUUUCAUUUCUUUGUUGCCAAAGAAAGGAUUAGAUCACGUGGCGGAAAAUAUACUCUCUUAUUUGGAUGCAGAUAGUCUGAGAAAUGCAGAGGUGGUGUGUAAAGAAUGGUUCAGGGUAAUUUCUGAAGGCAUGAUGUGGAAGAAAUUAGUUGAAAGAAAAGUUAGGACAGACUCGCUUUGGCGUGGGUUAGCCGAAAGAAGAAUGUGGAUUCAAUAUCUCUUCAAACCUCGACCAGGAGAAAAUCACCGUCCCCACGGCUUCUACCGUUCGCUCUUCCCCAAAAUAAUCCGCGACAUAGACAGCAUCGAAUCAAACUGGCGCAACGGAAAGCACAUCUUGCAGCGUAUCAACUGCCGCUCGGAGAACAGCAAAGGAGUGUAUUGCCUUCAGUACGACGAUCAGAAGAUCGUGUCUGGAUUGAGGGAUAACACUAUCAAGAUUUGGGACAGAAGCACACUGCAGUGCACCAAAGUGCUUACGGGGCACACCGGGAGCGUGUUGUGUUUGCAAUACGACGAUAAGGUAAUAAUCAGUGGUUCAAGCGAUUCAACAGUACGAGUAUGGAAUGUCAACACUGGUGAAAUGGUCAACACUCAAAUACAUCAUUGCGAAGCCGUCCUUCAUCUCAGAUUCAACAACGGAAUGAUGGUUACUUGUUCCAAGGAUCGCUCCAUAGCCGUUUGGGAUAUGACUUCACCGACCGAGAUAACGCUGCGCAGAGUGCUCGUGGGUCACAGGGCGGCCGUGAACGUCGUGGACUUUGACGAGAAAUACAUAGUGUCGGCAUCGGGUGAUAGGACUAUUAAAGUGUGGAACACUUCGACAUGUGAGUUUGUGCGAACAUUGAAUGGACAUAAACGCGGCAUUGCCUGUUUGCAGUAUAGGGAUAGAUUAGUCGUUAGCGGCAGUUCGGACAAUACUAUAAGACUAUGGGAUAUCGAAUGUGCGGUCUGCCUUAGAGUACUGGAGGGCCACGAAGAACUAGUUAGGUGUAUAAGAUUUGAUUCAAAACGUAUCGUAAGUGGAGCUUACGAUGGCAAAAUCAAAGUAUGGGAUCUCUUGGCUGCCCUUGAUCCCAGAGCACCAACUAGCUCUCUAUGUCUCAGGACCUUGGUGGAACAUACAGGGCGGGUGUUCAGACUUCAGUUUGACGAGUUCCAAAUUGUGAGCAGUUCUCACGAUGACACCAUCCUCAUCUGGGACUUCCUGAACUCCAUCCCAGAACCGAAAAGCAACUCCUCAUCCAAGAGUAACGAAACUAGAUCUCCGUCACCUUUUUCAACAACCUACGAGUGAACCGUCGGAAAUGAUGACCGUGGUGUACAGACAAAUAAAUUUAUAUUUAUUCAUCAUAUUUAGCGAGUUCCAGCAGAGGUGAUUUUUUUUUUUCUAAUUGAAACUUGAUUCGAUUUUUCUAUUGUGAGAGGUUGUACCUACAUUUUCGACUGAUGUAUGUGGCUAACUAUAAGGCGUAAAUAUAUAUAUAUUAUUUCUUUUUUUGUGAAUGUUUUGAGCAAAUACAAACUUUUCAUUCAUUGACGGUGAACUGAUAUAUGAAUCUGAAGUAGUAGUUGUUGAUCGAUUUAGUCAGUUGAUUCAUUCAAAAUUUUUGGACAACCUUAAAGCUACAUUAACACUCUGGCUCAAGAGCUACAAAAGCCUGAUGAAUGAGCCCCGGAAAAAGAUUCCUGUUGAGGAAUUCCUAUUCAUUUUGAAAGUUCCAGCCCAAUUUCAGUAGAAGUCAUUGCUUAGAAGCUUCCUUCGCUUCAAAGCUUGAUAGGAAUGUUUUUGAAGAGUGUUUAAAAUUCACAUUAUUCUAGAAUUUCCCAGAGAACAGAUGGGUUACAAUAAAUUUUGAUUCGUUUUCCAAUAUUUGAAUUAAUAUACGUAUUUUAUAUUGAAAAUAACUUUAAAGUAUUAUUAUUAAGAGAGAUAUAUAUCGAAUUUGUUUAAUGAGUGGAAUAAUAAAAAAAAAAAGAUUUAUCCCACUUCUGCCACCAAAUGCAAAAUUUGUGUUUCGCCCCUUUGAUUGAUAAGUUUUGAUUACUUUUGAAUUGAUUUUUUUCCUCAUGUUGUGUGUAACAAGAAACUAUGAGGACUACCUUUCUAAAAGAUUAACACUGGUAAAAAAAAUGUCUAAGUAUAUUUCAAUCUAACAUAAUCAUAGGUGUUUGGAUGAAAUUGAUUGGUGUAUUUUUGUGAAUGUGAGAUUCAAUCACUCUGUUGUUUGUGAAUAAAUGAAGAGAAAGAAUGACGCAAUACUUACUUUUAGUAGGUGCAACUGAUUCAACAUGGGAAGCUGUUUCGGGGAAAAUGAAAUUUUGUGUUUAUAUUGGACUUUGUUUAUUUUAAAAAAAGUUUUAUGAGGGUCACAAAUAGUGGAUUGCGUUAUUUUUUCUCCAUGCUUCAAUUGGCACUAUGUUAGAUCUUUUACAAUGUAAGUUUAAGGUAACAAGAAAAUAUUAGCAAAUUUUAGCUGAAUCGACUUGUUGAAAUAUUAUUCGAUAUAUUUGUGAGAUGCAAUUUGCAUGUUCCGAUAAAAUUUUUUGACGUUUGACCUAACCGGCUUAGGUUGGAUGCAGCAAAAGGCGCGACUUAAUAAAGAGUAUUCUUUUUAAAAAUCUGAGUUUGACAAGCAGUGAUUGAAGUUGAAUUAUUUGUUGCUUAAUUAGGUUGAUAAUUAUUAGGAUAAUCUUCGAGACCAAAAUCUAAUAUCGUAAGGCAGUAUGAAUUUUUGGCAAAAAAACCCAGGAACUGAUAAUCAGAAUUUUGAACUUUCACAGAGGUAAUCCCACAAAAAAAAAUUUCAUCUGAAAGUUGCGCUCUGCAUAAUCUAUCAGUUGUUAUUUAAGUAAUUUUUCCCUUUAUUGUACAGAUACUAGCUGUUGCUUUUCACGAAUUUGUAGACUUUUCAGUAUUUUUACCUAGAAAUUAUAUUGCAAUAAAUUGUGCAGCGAGAAGUUUAUUAACUUCAAAUUUCUCUGUUCAAUUUAUUGUCGUAGUUCAACGGUUUCUGCCAAAUGUAGUUUAUAUGAAAAUAAAGUGUUUCGUCUGAAGUAGAUGAAAUCAUUUGUUAUUUAUCGAAUGAGAAUAUAUAAUUUGAGUUUUCAUGUUUUUUUUUAGUCUGAUUUCAUUAUUUUACAUAUCGGCAAUUGAGAAAAAUUUCAGGUUUCUUGGCCGAGCUUUUUAUUUUCCUUAUCUAAUCUCUUGAAAUGAUCUUUCAAGAGUGCUCUGACACAAUGUUCCCUCAUUAAGAUUACACUGGUACUUUGCAGGAUGCGCUUUUAUUUCAGAAAUUCUUUUAGACCAACUGUAUUAGUUCUGACAUUGCCACAUGAUGGUGCUAAUAGUAAAGAUUUUUUUAAUUUUAGUGUGAUCAUUGAUAAGUGAUCCUAUUAUUGAUUCGUAAAAACGAAUAAGUGAAGCUAUCGCAAAAAAUUGCGUAAGUUGUGUUAUGAUUGUGAAGAAAUACAUGUUAAUCCCCAUAUUCUGAUAAUAUUAAGAUGCAGUUACAGGAGUAUUAACAGUAUCUAGCAUUGUUUUGGAAGAGCCAUAUUGGUAACCAGAUUUGCAUAAAAAUUCUACAUGUAAUCAGUCGCCAUACCAGUGUAUAGGCAUCUAAAUGCUUAUCAAUCCAAACCUCAACAGAAGUUUGGGAGAGAAGUUUUGUUCUUCUUCAUGAUUUGCACAACUUUUAUAAUUGAAAAUUUUGUCAUCAUUGUAUGUUUACAAGAGUUUUUGCGGAUUGGUCCUUCCACUGAGAAUUUCAAGUAAGAGAAUAAUCAACUAGAAAUUUAAUUUAUCUUUGAGAUACUUUCCAAGGAACAUUUCAAAAGAAAAUAACGAUACGUUUCAUUCAGUCGAAACACUCAAUACAUUUUAGAUUACUUAUGAAAAGCUUUUGUGAUAAAAACUUAUCCUGAAAAAAUAUGUAUGGAUGUUUUUUACUAUUAAGUGAGUGACUGUACUUUUUCGAUUUUUGUUUUAAAGCAUGAAAAGGUACUAAUGAUUUGUCUAUACAUAAAAUUCAGAUGAUGUACAUAUUGUAAGUGUAGUAUUUAAUAUAUUUUUUGUUUUGCAUUUACUUAGAAUUAUUUAUAUUGUGCGUAAUAAACUGAAUCAAUUGGAACUCAA